AUGGACACCCCCAAAUCUCCCACCUCUCCUAAAAGGAGUCGUGGAUUCAGUGUCAAGUCCGACAGAUCAGACAAAUCCGGGUCAACAGGCCAUAAACGUGGAGUAUCUGAGUCUUCAGAAGAGAAAGCUCGUCGCAAUCUACACACCAAAGCAGAUCCACUCGUCGCCAUGAAUGAGCUUCAGCCUAUGGCCGUUGCGUUGGAAAAGUCAAAUUUAGGCUCCCUGCGAGAAAUUGAAUUCAAAGAUCAGUUUGGGAAUGUCAUCACCGAUCCCGACCUGUCAAAUCCCACUCGACCACGUUUGGAGCGCCCCUUGGAUACAAUUCGAUCGUUUGAGGCAGCCAUCAACGGCUCAUACAAUAAUAACCGUGCGUCAUAUGUUAAAACAGAUGAUGCCGCAUCACAGAUGGGCGACUUCAGCCGACGAACCAGCUACUAUGGAGGUCAAAACACUGGUCCUUCAAACAGAAACUACGAACAAAGCAAUCACUACGGCCAAACACAAUCGCGACCAGACAGCAUCGUGAACGCAUACCAAAACACACCUUUAUCACCCGAAAACCCGAACCCUUACGCCCAGAGCGGAUAUAAUCAGGGUGGAUAUAGCCAAAACAGCAGAAGACGCCCAUCCCACCAUCCCCGAGGAUCACCCUCAGCACCCCUCACCCCGUCCGAGGGCUACCCAAACAUGCCCGGCAGCUCACAAUACGGCUACCAACGGUCCCGUGACAAUGUGGCUGCCAUGUCACACAUUAGUUCUGGCUACACAGACCCCUACGGCCAGUCUACAGACCCCAGCUCGAUGAACAGCUCCAACGAUCAAUUGCAGCAGCAGGUUCUGCAGCAACAGCGUCUUGAUGGACGUGCUCAAGUCGAGCAUGGUUUCAAUUUCAACUCACCCCAGAUCCCCCAGCCCUUCAGUGACUCGAGCUGGGGUGGACCUGCUGGAGGUGCUCCGACUCCCACGGGGGCUGGGCCUGCACAACCGACUCCACAAAAGAGGGUGAACCAACCUCCGGCUCCGCCGAAACAGGAGAAGAGGAAGAGCUGGUUCAAACGCCGGUUCAGCAAAGAUUAA